UUGUUUGUUUAUUGUAUUAUAAAAUAAUUCAUUCUUUAUGAUUAAGGUUAGACUACAGAGCUUGCCAUAUAAUUUACUUUCAAUACUCAUUAAAUGACUAUAUUGUGCAUAUUCAUACAGUAUAUUGAAUCUUGUUACAAAUUUCAAUUAGGCUAGUUCAAAUGUAUUAUUUCAGAACACCUCACAAUAUUAAACAUCUUUUCUAACAUUUACAUAAGACUGAUACCUUAUUAAGGUUUUAAUAAUGGUGUUUGAUGGAAAGCUCUCUCCUCUGAGAGAUUCUGGACAUUCUUUGUGUUUCAUUGCCUGUAGCCUUUAAAGCCUCAUUCAAUGAUUUCAAUCUCUAAAUGUAAAGGAGGAUUGAAUUUAGCACUGAAUUUAGGCUACAUGAAAGAGGAUGACUUUUAAUAAAAUCGCAUGACAAAAGCUUUAAAUUGCUAUAAAAUUACGAAAAUCUUAAAUAUUGUGUCUUCUCUUGUUAAUACAUGACAGACUGGGAAACCUACUGGAAAUUCUGGGCUUUCCAGUUUUUCAUGAGGUUUGCUGGCCAUUGAGCAAUUGUUUGCCCGUAUUUACACAUGCAAAUGCUGUAUAUUGUCUUCAUAUUAAACUGAGAUUCACUUCAAUCUGAACAGUUUAGUAAACGUGUUGAGGUAAAAAUUUAAUAUGGGUUACAGAAAACACACACACACACACACACACACACUUCACAUUCAUACUCUUUAAAUUCAGUUACACAUUAACAGUAAAGAUAAAAAAAUAAAGUUUAUUUUUCCUAUAUGAAACGAGGAUAUAGGUCUACGCAAAGUAAAUAGCCUACAACUUAAGAAUCUUUGCAGUUAAUAUCAAUUGCAUGACCAGAAGACUAUACAAAUUUUUAAGUUAAUGAAAUACCUGGUUAUUAUUUUCAAACAUCUCAAGAUUGCUUUGUGAAACGUGGAAACGUGGUUCAGUUUACUAGUUGCAUUACGACUUGAGUCAGGACAGCCAGCGCGUUCUGCUCACAGGUGACGUUAGGCUAAGUGACUUUUUAGCAUUAACCCAAAUGCAAAACUCGUCGGAGAACAUAUCGGGUUUUAACUGCGCAGUAUCAGACGUAACUAAAAAGCGAAUGCUCUUUAAAUGAGCUGAAGAUAACACAAAUAUCCGGGAUUUCCGGUGGGAAUAUACGGAAGAGAGGUGUUCUGUGCGCUACGUGGCCACCUGUGACAGCAGCAGCUCGUGUUGACAUUUUGACAUGAUGGAGUUUGACAGAGCAGAACAUGACAACGACAGGCUCGAGAAAACCAUCGAGAACGGCAUUACCCCCGAGACUCCCGCGCCCUGCGCCGAGGCAGAACGCGAGGAUCACGAAGAACCUCAGAAGUCUUGGAGUUUGGAGAGAAACUGGGGGUUUACUUUAGAGGAGCUCUUCAAACUUGCGCUGAAAUUCUUUAAAGAGAUGAAUGGGAAGGCGUUCAACCCAACAUAUGAAGAAAAUCUCCGUUUGGUUGCACUACAUAAGCAGAUCACAAUUGGUCCUUAUGAUCCAAAAGCAUGUUCAGAAAUUGGCUUCUUUGACGUACUGGGAAACGACAGAAGGAAAGAAUGGCUACGGCUCGGUGGCAUGGCUAAAGAAGAUGCCAUGGAGGACUUUGUGAAGCUUCUGAACUCUUGUUGUUGUCUGUUUGCACCAUAUGUAACAUCACAUAAGAUUGAGAAGGAGGAGCAAGAGAAGAGACGAAGAGAAGAGGAAGAACGUCUCAGGCUGGAGAGAGAAGAGCAGGAGCGUCGGCGGCUGGAAGAAGAAGCACGACGCAGAGAAGAAGAAGACAGGAGGUUAAAAGAGGAGGAACAGAGGAGAAAAGAAGAGGCAGAGAGGUUACAGAUAGAGCGGCAAAAACAACAUAUCAUGGCUGUUCUGAAUGCACAAACAGCAGUGCAGUUUCAGCAGUAUGCCAAACAGCAGUAUCCAGACAAUCCAGACCAGCAGCAGUUACUCGUCAGACAGCUGCAGGAACAGCAUUACGAACAGUACAUCCACCAGGCCCUGCGCCUACAGCAGAUGGCCUUGCAGAAGCAGCCAGACUCAAAUGUGACUCAAACGUCAGAAGCUCUUUCUGCUCCUGUGUCAGAUGAAGCUGCGCCCGCCUGCAAUCCCAACAGCCAAUCAAAUUCAUUAGAAAAUCAGGAACAACAGACAGACACAAAAGCCUUCCAUUUGUGUGUGGAAGGCAAAACGGGAGAUGUGCCUAUCAUUGCUCCCUCUAUGUGGACACGGCCUCAGAUUAAGGAGUUUAAGGAAAAGGUGGUGCAUGAACAGGACUCUGUGAUCACAGUGGGCCAAGGGGAGGUGUUGACAGUACGGGUGCCCACUCAUCAGGAUGGUUCACACCUGUUUUGGGAAUUCGCCACCGAUCACUACGAUAUCGGUUUUGGGCUGUACUUUGAGUGGAAGGACUUGACUGUGCCAGCAAGCACUGAAACUACUGAAACUAAAGAAAGCACAGAACAAGUUGAAGGAGAGAAGCAGGCAGAACAGAGCAGAUGUCCAAUGGUACAUGAGGUUGUUCCUGUUUCCCGUCGUGACAGCCAUGAGGAGGUUUAUGCAGGCAGCCACCAAUAUCCUGGUCAAGGUGUUCAUCUUCUGAAAUUUGACAAUUCCUACUCCCUCUGGAGGCAAAAGGUCGUCUAUUACAGAGUUUAUUACACUAAAUAAACAUCAGCAGACCAGGUUCUGCAUUUAUAAUCCACCUUUGAGCAUCUUGAGAGCCUUUAACAGAGGCACACUAUUCAUGCUGUUGAAAUAUGCUGUUUGUUUUGAAUGCAAAUGUAUUUGCAUUGUGUUCUCAAGAUUUAUGAAUCCUACUUUGGAGUCGUGAGCCAAAGUCCUUGGAAGUCCUGUGCUUUAGCAAUUUUAUUUUAUUUUUUUUCAUGCAAGAAAACAAUUUUCCAAUAUCUUAUAUGUUUAUGUUGAAUCAAUGAAGGAGUGGUGUAUACUAAUUAUUUUUUAGUUAAUGUGAUUGAUUCAAGCACUUUAAAGUUUUAAAAAAUAUAUUAAUGGAUCUCAUAGCAGGUGAUAUUUCACCAAGUAUUUCUUGGGUUUAUAGGACUUUUUUUAAAUUGUUGUGUGGAUGGUUGAAAACAUCAAGCAGUAGUAAUUUAAUAACUGUUACUUUUUAUAUUAAGGCCUAAUCUUAUUGUAAAUUUGAUUAUCCUUUUCCGUUUUAUAUGUUAAUUAUAACCAGGUGUUAAGGAUUUUAUCUGUAUGUUUGCAUAAAAAACCUAUUUGUGCAUAAAAGCAAGUCAAGAACUACUAGUACUAGUUCUCCAAAAGGUUGGCUUUCUGGUAAAGGUUCAUAUUUACAUAUGUUGUGUAUUUUCUUGUCGAACGCAGAUAUGCAUAUCAUCCUGAUACCAAAACAUAUAUGCAACUACGCAGAUACCACAAUUUUGUACUCUACAAUGAUGGAGACAUGUUCUGUGUAGAUGUAGAUAAAGAGGUCAAAAAGAUUUUAAACACAUUGGAUUAACAGUUCAGAUUAUAGGAUAAUAGGUAAAAAAUGACAGUUUUUAACACUGUGUGAGAACAGUAUGUCUUAUUUGAAAUAAAUGACUUUAUACCCUA